CUCCCCGAAUACCUAUCAAGUUAAUUUGCGUCUAUAUUCAUUUUGGCAUCGAGGUUGAAUCUCAUCGGAGAGAGAAAAACCAUAACCAUGUCUGGAAGAGGAAAGGGAGGCAAGGGUCUCGGAAAGGGAGGAGCGAAACGACACCGUAAGGUUCUGAGGGAUAACAUUCAGGGCAUAACGAAGCCCGCAAUUCGCCGUCUCGCGAGACGUGGCGGCGUGAAGCGUAUCAGUGGUCUCAUCUACGAAGAAACCCGCGGCGUUCUCAAGAUCUUCCUCGAGAACGUCAUUCGCGACGCUGUCACCUACACUGAGCACGCUCGCCGCAAGACCGUCACUGCCAUGGACGUUGUUUACGCCCUCAAGAGGCAGGGCAGGACCCUCUACGGUUUCGGCGGUUAGAGAAUUACCGAUUUCUGCAUUGCGUCGUGGAUUAGGGUUUCUUAUAGUGUCAGUCAAUUUCGCUGUUGAUAUUAUGCAACGGUUCUUUAGCUGUAGCUUGAGAUUUAACGAUUGUUCUUUGAGUCGUAGUUAUGAGAAUUUUUAGUAUGUCAAUUUGAUUAUAUUUAUGCCUUCUUGUUACUCAGCAUGCAACGCUAAACUGAAAUUUAUUUGCAAUGUUCUUAUGCCUAAGUUGAAUUUGAUUGUUCAAUUUAAAUCGUGAAAGGAAUAGUGUAAUUUAAUCGGAUUGCAAUUUUUGUUGCCUCGGUUUGAGGUUGAUGAA